AUGGUGGGCUCGGCAGCACAGCACUGGCAGCGGGUGGUAGUGGAGGCCCUGUCGGCCCCAAUAGGCCUCAUGAGAGCGGACCGCAGCAGGAUGGUGGACCAGAGCCGCUCCUGCGCGCCGCGCUGCGCGCCGGGGGUCGAGGUGUUUUGGUCGCGGCGCGACAAGGACUUCGCGCUCGUCUGGAUGGCCGUGUGGUCGGCACUGUGCUUCUUCUCCACGGCCUUCACCGUCCUCACCUUCCUGCUGGAGCCUCACCGCUUCCAGUACCCCGAGCGCCCCAUCAUCUUCCUCUCCAUGUGCUACAACGUCUAUUCGCUGGCCUUCCUCAUCCGUGCGGUGGCCGGGGCCCAGAGCGUGGCCUGCGACCAGGAGGCGGGCGCGCUCUAUGUGAUCCAGGAGGGCCUGGAGAACACGGGCUGCACCCUCGUCUUCUUGCUGCUCUACUACUUCGGCAUGGCCAGCUCCCUGUGGUGGGUCGUGCUGACGCUCACCUGGUUCCUGGCAGCCGGCAAGAAAUGGGGCCACGAGGCGAUCGAGGCCCACGGCAGCUACUUCCACUUGGCGGCCUGGGGCCUGCCGGCCCUGAAGACCAUCGUGAUCCUGACGCUGCGCAAGGUAGCCGGGGACGAGCUGACCGGGCUCUGCUACGUGGCCAGCAUGGACGCGGCCGCGCUCACAGGCUUCGUGCUGGUGCCCCUCUCCUGCUACUUGGUGCUGGGCACCAGCUUCCUCCUGACUGGCUUCGUGGCCCUCUUCCACAUCCGCAAGAUCAUGAAGACAGGCGGCACCAACACAGAGAAGCUGGAGAAGCUCAUGGUCAAGAUAGGGGUCUUCUCCAUCCUGUACACGGUGCCUGCCACCUGCGUCAUUGUGUGCUACGUCUAUGAGCGCCUCAACAUGGACUUCUGGCGCCUUCGGGCAACAGAGCAGCUGUGUUCCCCAGCCAGUGUGCCGGGUGGCCGGAGGGACUGCUCGCUGCAAGGGGGCUCAGUGCCCACUGUGGCUGUCUUUAUGCUAAAAAUCUUCAUGUCGCUGGUGGUGGGCAUAACCAGCGGUGUCUGGGUCUGGAGCUCCAAGACGUUCCAGACCUGGCAGAGCCUGUGUCACCGCAAGAUGGCAGCUGGCCGGGCCCGGGCAAAGGCCUGCCGGGCCCCAGGAGGUUAUGGCCGUGGCACCCACUGCCACUAUAAAGCUCCCACCGUGGUCUUGCACAUGACUAAGACGGACCCCUCUCUGGAGAACCCCACACACCUCUAGGUACACAGGCCUACUCAGGGCGGCUGUUGCCCCCUCCUCUACCCCCCCUCCCCCUCUGGAGGAGACAGCUGACUAGCAGCUGCCCAGCUGUCAAGGUCAGGCAAGUGAGUGCAAGGGGGCUGAGGACCAGGGCAGGGAGACUCUCCUUCAACCCUCACAUGUGAGGACCCAGUGAGGCUCACUCCCCUGUGGCCUAAAGCAGGGGGUGGCCUGGCUAAGUCCCCACAGUGUCCCAAGGGAGCAUGUGGAGAAGGGGCAGGAGGGGGCAUGGUCCAGCAGGGAGUUUAUUUAAUGAUGUAAUUUAUUGUUGAGUUUCUCUGGAAGCUGUGACUGGAAUAAACCCCCAUGUGGCA